GGCAUGGGGGUCGUAUAUAGUCAGUGGGUGUCGGUACCCACAGCGCUCAUGUGAAGGAUCUGUUUGUUAUAUGCACAAAGAUGAUGGUGACCCUUGAGUGGACAUUGUGGUAUGUCGGCCUGUUACUGGCGACCCAGAACGUCGCCACGGCCAGUGCGAUCUACGGCGUGGGCGGUCAACUAAGUGAACCGAGAAAUGUGUUGGUGGUAGAGACCAACGUUGUUGUCACUGAUUGCGACGACGACGAUGACGAUGAUGAUGAUGAUGAUGACAGCUGUGUCGAUUCAGCCGUCGAUGUCCCUGUCGUCCCACCUAUCAGUGUAGAGCCAACUACCACGACACGGUCGUCGCGGACGAUAGUCGUAGCAGAUCUAAGCAGUAGUAACGACUCACAUGUUGUGAUUCUAACCGAUCCGCCUAUAACCGCGGCGUCGACAACAUCAUCCACUACAGAAUCGUUCGCUACAUCACCACCCAUCGACUGCAGCACCGACUUCUGCGAGAAUGACCUCAUCAUUCACCAGCACAGUUAGAAUGACUACAUAUGUGCCUUCGACUUCCACAUCAACACCAACAGCAGCACACUCACCAACACCAACAACAGCAGCAGCAACAACAGCAGCAGCAGCAACAACACCAACCGCAACAACACCAGCAGCAACAACAGCAGCAACAACACCAAC